AUGAAUGAAACAGGUUUUUUACCAGAUGAUAUCUGGGAGAAAACGUUUAUCUUGAGAGGAUUACUUUAUCUCGUCACGCCCAGUGAAACGAGUCCGAAAACGCUUGAUGAUGUUCCUGAUGUUGUGGCGAUGGUCAUUCCUUACUUUUUCUUCUUCAUUGUUCUUGAAGGAAUUAUUUGUCAAUUCAGAUGGACCAAGGGUCGAUUUCGAUUCAACGACAGUCUGGCUUCCAUGUCGCAUGCAACCUGCUUGCGCGUUUUUGAGCUUAUUGGAGAAGUCGCAAUCGAGUACCACAUGUACAUCCUUGCUUACGAAAAGUUCCACUUCUUCGAAUUCGACCCAGAAAGCAAGACGACUUGGAUUCUGGCGCUGCUUGGCGCGGAUCUUUCUUAUUACUGGGCGCAUCGGGCGAUGCAUGAAGUCAAUUUGAUGUGGAGUGCGCAUCAAGUUCAUCACAGCGGCGAAGAUUAUAAUCUUUCGAUGGGAAUGCGCCAAAGUAUAUUUCAACGAUACACAAGCUGGCCGUUUUACAUUCCGAUGAGGGUUCCCAAGUCGAUAAGAACCGGCCUCUUUCAAAAAUAA